UGGCUCCCGGGCGAGGCGGGGCGAGCUGCCCGCUGGGCCCGCAAUGUGGAGCGGGCCUGGGUGGCCGGUGGGGAGCGGACGAAGGUAUCAGGAGUUGAAAUGACAUGGAAAAGUAUUCAAAGCGUGAACUGUGAAAUUAACUGCUUCCACUUGAUACUGAAGGAAGGUAAACUGAAACUCCAAAAAUGAUGACCUCUUCAUUAGCAAGUUACAGGAAAAGCACAUGCAAGGCAACUAAAUAAGGACUGUGAUAUGAAAGUUUUGUCAGAUAAACUGUCCAAAAGAAGUACAUACUUUUAGGCUGUUACAUUAAAUUAUUGAACUCUGCAYUGUAUGACCCUCCCUGAUAUCCAGYACUUCUGCAUAUGAAAUGCUUCAAAAGAAGKAGCUGSUGUGGCUUAUUUGUGACUGAAGUGAAUUACAUUGAAUAUAAAGGGUGCAGAGGCCAGUGCAGCUUGAACAGACUUCCCACACCAAUGGAAAAAACUUCUGGUUUGAAGCAAAAUAUGACAACUGUAUUUUUGCUCAUUGGUCAUUUCAUUGUAUUGAUGCCUCUAUUCAGUGCUGAAAGAUGUGUUAUCUGUGAUUACUUUGUGCUUGUUGGAGAGCCUACAGCUAUUACUUGCCCAAUAAUUACACUGCCAGUGCUUCACUCUGAUUACAAUCUGACAUGGUAUAAAAAUGGUAGUGCUAUACCAGUGACCACAGAGAGAGAUGCCAGGAUCCACCAGCGAGAGGGCUUGCUUUGGUUUAUUCCUGCAAUGCUGGAAGAUUCUGGACUUUAUGAAUGCAGUUUAAGGAGCCUUAACCACUCUAACAAAAAAACGAUAAAUUUAACAGUUUUUAAGAACGAUAAUGGUUUGUGUUUUAAUGGAGAAAUGAAAUAUGAACAAAAAGUGAUGAGCUCAAAUACUGGAAAGAUUAUAUGCCCUGAUCUAGAACAUUUUAAGGAUGAAGACAAUAAUCAGGCUGAAGUUCACUGGCAUAAGGUAUUGAGCAUGUGUGUUUCAUAUAUACAAGAUACAAAAUGUAUUAUUUAAAAUGUCUUAUGGAGU